AUGGCUGAGAAGAAGCUCACGGGCACGGCCAUGGCGGAGAAAGGAAGGAAGCCGGUGGGGCUCAUCAUGAAGACGCUGGACCGGUGCCGCAGCAGCGCGCGGAGGAGCAAGCCGGCGCCGGCGCCGGAGGGGUGCUUCACGGUGUGCGUCGGCGCGGGGCGGCAGCGCUUCGUGGUCCGGACGGAGUGCGUGAACCACCCGCUGUUCCGGGCGCUGCUGGAGGAGGCCGAGGAGGCGUUCGGGUACGCGGCCGCCGGCCCGCUCACUCUGCCGUGCGACGCCGAUGCCUUCGUGCGGGUGCUGGAGCAGAUCGAGGAGGAGGACGACGGUGCUGGCCAGGCGGCGGCCGUGGCGAGGUGCGGCCUUGUCAGGGGCCACUCCGCGUACCGGCUGCUCGUCCCCGCACGGCCUCUCCUCGUCGGCCGGUCAUAG